CCGGGUUCCUGCCGCGGGUGCCCAGCUCAGCUCUAGCCAGCGGCUCCGGGUCUUUUGUCUUGCCCCCCCCCCUACCCUUGCUGCCUUCCAAUCCCGCCCCCCAGGCUCCACUCACGCAGCUGCGGCCCCCCUUGAACCCCCGGCUGCGGGCAGAGCGAUGCUGCUGCUGGCGGCCGCCUUCAUCGUAGCGUUCGUGCUGCUGCUCUACAUGGUCUCUCCGCUCAUCAGCCCUAAGCCCCUCGCCCUGCCCGGGGCCCAUGUAGUGGUUACUGGAGGAUCCAGUGGCAUUGGGAAAUGCAUUGCAAUUGAGUGUUAUAAGCAAGGGGCAUUUAUAACUCUGGUUGCAAGAGAUGAGAACAAGUUGCUCCAGGCAAAGAAAGAAAUUGAAAAACAUUCUAUUAAUGAUAAACAGGUCGUGCUCUGCAUAUCAGUCGACGUAUCUCAAGACUAUGGACAAGUGGAGAAUGUCAUAAAACAAGCACAAGAAAAACUGGGACCCGUUGAUAUGCUCAUAAACUGCGCAGGGAUGUCAGUUUCAGGAAAAUUUGAAGAUCUUGAAAUAAAUCAUUUUGAAAGAUUAAUGAAUAUAAAUUAUUUGGGCAGCGUGUACCCCAGCCGUGCAGUGAUAACCACCAUGAAAGAAAGGAGGAUGGGCAGGAUUGUCUUCGUGUCUUCCCAGGCAGGACAAUUAGGGCUGUAUGGUUAUACUGCGUACUCAGCGUCCAAGUUUGCUCUUAGAGGAUUGGCUGAAGCACUGCAGAUGGAGGUGAAACCAUAUAACGUCUAUAUAACCAUUGCCUAUCCACCAGAUACAGACACCCCAGGUUUUGCAGAAGAAAAGAAAACAAAGCCUUUAGAGACUCAACUUAUUUCAGAGACCUCAUCACUUUGCAAACCAGAACAGGUGGCAAAACAAAUUGUCAGAGAUGCCACACAAGGAAAUUUUAAUAGUUCCAUUGGCUCAGAUGGAUACAUGCUGUCAUCACUGACCUGUGGCAUGUCACCAGUAACAUCUAUUACCGAAGGACUCCAGCAGAUAGUUACGAUGGGUCUCUUUCGAACCAUCGCUCUAUUCUACCUUGGAAGUUUCGAUGGCAUCAUCCGACGAUGUAUGAUCCAGAGGACAAAGACUAAAACGGUGGACAAAACGGCUUGAUAAUCCUUCCGAGGAGCAGAGAAUGGUUAUUCAACGAUCUGGACAGCUUGCUGCUAACUGGGAUCUGACCUGUUGACUGGUGCAAAUGGGUUUGGAUAUACGGAGUUUGAACAGCUCUUUCUUCUUCAGGAACCUGGUUGAAGGCAGGAAGACAAAAACCCAAUUCCAGGAAAUAUUAAUACUAUGCAAAUAUGAGGAUGAAGACUUUUUGAUUCUCUGGGUUCUGAGGUAGAGAGAGGAUGGUGUGGGACACACUAGACUGUAAGAAGUGGGAGAAAAUGGGACUUUGAAGUGGGUACUUGCUGGUAAUUCUGAAUAAUGACAUGUAGGUCUUUUCUUUUAUUCUUUCCCCUCACCCCUAACCCGAUGGUGGUAGAGACCAAAAAUGGA